AUGUCCAGCGACUGUCCGUCGAAUGGACGCCGCCAAGCGCGCCACAGGGACCGACGCCGCGCCCGCAAGACGCGAGCACCGGACAGUGACCUACCAAAACUAGGCGGGGGCCUCCCCGCACCGAUUGUGGACGACGCGUGGCCCAAGGACGCACACAAACAGCCCGUGCUCCUCGUAGUGAACCUCGACGGCUCCGCCUGCGUCGCGAUCGACCCGGAGCGCGAAAAGGAGCUGCACGUCGUCGAAGAAGUCCCCCUAGACGUGCAGCAGCAGCAGGCGGAGCUCGAGGAGCUGCGCCAGCGAGGCCUGCUGCGCGUCGGGUGCCUCGACCUGCGCCCGCGGACCCUCGUGUGCGCGAUCCUGGUGCUUUGUAUGGCGGGAGUCCUCGUUGGCCUUCUCUUCGCGUUCAUCGGCGUAUCGAACACGGACUGCUUCCCGCCCGCGUGCUACCCCACGGCCGUGCGGACGCAAUGCGCGGCGUCGGCGCUGCGCGUGGGCACGGCUCUUGCAGGCCAGGGCGACGCGGGGUCGUCCGACCCGGAGAUCGACGCGAUUCUGCGUCGCAUGGGCCCGGUCGAGCGGCAGCUGGCGCGCCUGGUGUCGCAGAGCACGCUGCCCAAGGUCCGCGUGAAGCUCGCACAGCUCCGCAGACAGAUUGACGUCAUGGAGAACGACCAGCUGAUCAACCGCGCGGCGCAGAGCCAGAACGACUUCCCGGAGUGGCUGCAAGAAAUGACCGAGCAGUCCCUCCAGACCGCCGCGAGGACGCUUCCUCAGCUGCGCCAGGCCGAGUCCAACCUGGUGGCGCUGGAGCGGCGCCUGCAAAUGGACCCGAAGGACGCGAUCCGGGAGCGCAUCAAGGAGGAGCGGAGCCGCAAGGAGCGCGCCAAGCAGGCCGGAAAGCGAGCCCUCAAUGAGGCCAAGGAGCUCCUCGUCGCCAUCGACAAGCUCGUUCCGCAGAUGGAGGCGCGCGGGGCGCCCACCGUCGAGCAGGUCGUGGACUUCCACCGCGCGGCUCUCGACGAGGCUGCGCGACUCGAUGUGGCGCUCGCCGCGAGCCGCGACCUCUUCGAGAUCCAGGGCGCCGCCGUCGACUGCGAGCAGUUCCGCAGAGACGUCCGCGACCUCCACAACUCCGCGAAAGGCAUCCUGUUACAGUACGGCGGCGGCAUCACUGCCGCGGACCUGUACCCGAAGCAACAGCCCCGGCCGGCAGCCCCGGACGCGGCCGACGACACCGGCGGCGCCGCAGCGCCGCGCGCGGGCCAGGAAGCGCCCCCCGGGUCCCGGGAGAAUCCGAUUCGCCUGGAUGAGAAUCAGAUGGUGUCUGUCAUGGCGGCAGCGAUGAUCCAGGACCUCCUGCGCAGCGGCCUCGCGCCGACGCUCAUCCUCGAGGCCCCGCUCGUCCUCCCCGGGGGCCUGUUCCCGGUCGACAGCGCCGCGGCCGCGCCGGAGACCCCCCCGGGGCCGUUCCGCGACGUGGCGCCCGCGGAGACCGCGGCGGAGGCCCGGAACAAGAAGUGGGAGGCGGCGGUCGCGGAGUUCGAUGGCAUCGUGCCGCAGGAGCUCCCGGUCACGCGCGCGAUGGUCCUCGACGCCGCACGGAACGGCAACACCGCGACGCUCGACGUGCUCAGCCAGGACGCCUACGACGCGGUGUUCGCGUACCUCUCGCGCGCGUUCAAGCAGACGCUCGAGGACAGCCGCGACAAGAACGUCCCCGAGGCCCAGCGCCUCAGCCGCGAGGUUCGGCAGAUCCGUGCCCUGGCGUUGCUGACGGAAUACUACGCGGAUCUCUACGAGGAGCUGUUCGCGGACAUCGAGAUCGACGCGCUGGACCGCAAGUUCAUCGACUUCGAGCUCUGGGCGCUCCGGAGCGUGUGGGGCGGGCUCGCACGCGGCCUGGUGAAGGUUACAGAGAUGCUGAUGAGUCCAGAGGACAUCGCGGCGGCGCUGGGGGAGUCGGAGCUCGCCGGAGAGGGGCUGGACGCGGAGACGCUGCGUGCGUUCGGCGUCUUCGCGCCCGUGGCCGGGGAGCUGCUGGCGGACGAGGCGGCGGGGCGGCCGCUGACGCAGGCGCGCGCGGCGGAGCUGGGGCUCGGGUGGUGGGCGCCGCCGCCGGCGCUGGCGUUCCGAAGCGAGGCGGAGCUGUGGGAGGCGAUCGGGGGGAGGUACUCCCCUGUGGAAUUCCUCGAGGAGGGUCUCGACGACCUGACUCCGCACCUGGAGUGCUUGGAGGCCAUCGUUGGGCGGCUCGAACGGCCGCUGCGGGUGCCGGAGGACCUCGCGUGGCUGGACGCGCUCGCGGAGCAGGUGUCCCGCGAGGGCGACCUUGUCCGGACGGCGACUUCGAAGAUGUACGAGGAGCUGGAGGACUUCAAUCGCGAAGGGAGGGUGAAGUGGUUGAUUGGAGGGUUCGGGUGGCUUCUGGACCGCGUGAACGAGUCGUGGCUGCAGCGCACGACGGAGCGCGCGCAGACGCUCGAGUUCCGCGUCGGCGCGCUGCGGCAGCUCGGCAUGGGUACGUUCGAGGAGGCGCGGCGCGCUGGGCUCCCCGAGGGGUGUUCGAUCGACCUGUACAUCACCACGCCGCUCCCAGCGCUCGGCGAGAUCGAGGCGAUGCUGCAGCAGAAGGUCGAGGAGGCCGGCGGGGUCGACGCGGUGUCUGACAUGUCGCGCAUGCAGUUUGAGCAAGCAGGGCUGAACAUUGACCUAAAAUUAGGACGCGUGCUCGUGUACGACGCGUUCACGCGGGUGCCGGUCGGCGUCGGGCUCGCCGCGGCCGAGGCCGCGCCUGCGCCGCCGGAGGAGCGGGGGCCGAGCGAGGCGGCGGCGGCGGAAGGCCCCCAGGACGGAGGGGCGCAGGGUGCGCGGGAGUUUCUGCGGAUGGACGAUGCGGGGCGGCAGGCGACGCUGGAGCGGGUGGCGGGCGGCGCGGUCGCGGGGGCCGCCGGGGCGGAGGCGCUGAAGGGCAAGCUGGCGGGCGGCGGGGAGGCGUGGCAACAGGCGGAGUCCAUCUUUGACCCCCCCGGGGGCGUUUCCGCGGCCCGGGAGGGGCCGGCGACGCCGGAGGAGAUCGCGGAGGAGGAGGAGCUCGUGAAGUCGGUCGUCGAGUUCCUCGAGAAGGGCACCCUCGAAGACCCCCCCUCGCAGGCGGAGGACAAUUACAGCGUCGUCGAGUCGGUCGCCGAGGCGUUCGGGUCCGCCGCGGCCGCGUGCGCGCUCGCGCAGGUCGUCGUGAUCCUCUGCGGCGUCGUCGGGGUCGACAUUCCGCGCAUGUGGGGCGAGCCGGAGGCCGGAUGGCUCGCCGGCGCCCAGGCGCUGGUUCCGUGGACAGGGGGUUACAUCGGCCUGGUCUGGCUGCAAUACCAGGUGCUGCCGCGGCUGCUGCCGGGCCUGGACAUCCUCGCGGACCAGGACCUGCGCGACAUCAAGAAGGGGACCUCGAAGCUGCCCGUUCCGGCGUCGUGGCUGUACGCCGCAGCGCUAGCGUACGCGGAAACGACGGCCUUCCGCGGCUGCGUCCUCGCGUGCAUCACCGCGCUCGCCGCCGACCCGUCCCUGCACCUCCUCGGCCCGCUCGUGCCCCCCGCGAUCGUCCCCGCGGUCGCGGGCCCCGACGGCAUCACUCCCCCGGGGGUCCCCGUCACCGACUACCUGGGGGCACUCGGGCCGUUCGGGCUCAACGGGCUCGCCGCGCCGACGCGCUUCCUGCUCCCGUUCCUCGCCGCGGGCGCCGCCGCGGUCGAGGCCGUCGCGUGGAGCAGCCCGCUCGAGAGCUGGCAGCCCCUCACCGUCCAGCAGAUUCAAGACCGAGCGCUCAUGGGCGUCGAGGCCGUCAAACGCGCCGCCGCCGAGGGCGCGUGGCGCAAGGCGCUCGAGGCCCCGCCCGCCGACGCCGGCCCGGAGUCGGACGACGCAGAAGCCGAAGAUCACACCCCCUCCUCGGCGACGGUGUCGCCGAGCCUUCUCGAGCCGUCGGUCUACCGGGAGCUGUCCACGGAGCUGUUCUCGAGCAAGGCGGACGGCGCGUCCUUCGCGUCGACCCUCGCGGGCAACACGGAGCUCCAGCGCUUCGUCACGGGGGAGUACUUGGCUCAGGGCCCUGUGGUCAGCGAGCUCCCGGCCAAGGACCUGCGGGAUCUCGCGCUGCGGCUGUGGUGGUUCGGGACGGUCGCGCGGGCGCGCGACACGUACAACGCGAGCACGACGUUUUUCGGGUCGGCGGUGCUGGCCGCGGAGGCGCUGGCGACGGGGUCGCUCUGGGCGCCGUUCGUGACGCUGACGCUGGGCUACGCGUUCAAUAUGGCGCUGGCGAGGAGGUACGAGCCCGGGUCGAUCGUGCGGGACCCGCCACGGGCGUUCGUUGAGGCGCUGGAAGCGGGGAACGCGCCGCUGAGCGACGACCCGUGGAAGCCGUGA